CAGCUAUGCAGCAAGUUUUGGAUAACCUUACUGAUCUGCCCACAUCAACAGGAGCUGAAGAAAUAGACCUUAUUUUCCUCAAAGGAAUUAUGGAGAAUCCUAUUGUAAGAUCACUUGCUAAGGCUCAUGAGAGACUGGAAGAUUCUAAACUUGAAGCUGUCAGUGAUAACAACCUGGAACUAGUGAAUGAAAUUCUUGAAGAUAUCAGUCCUUUAAUAAACAAAGAUGAAAAUAUUGCAGAAUUAGUUGGCAUACUCAAGGAACCUCAUUUUCAGUCACUUUUGGAAGCCCAUGAUAUUGUGGCAUCAAAGUGUUACGAUUCCCCUCCUUCUAGCCCAGAAUUGAAUAAUUCUUCAGGAAACAACCAGAUAGUACCAGUAGAUGCCAUUCGUAUUCUUGGUAUUCACAAAAGAGCAGGGGAGCCACUGGGUGUUACAUUUAGGGUUGAGAAUAAUGACCUGGUAAUAGCACGAAUCUUGCAUGGUGGAAUGAUAGAUCGACAGGGUCUGCUGCAUGUGGGUGACAUCAUUAAAGAAGUGAAUGGCCAUGAAGUUGGAAACAAUCCAAAAGAACUGCAAGAACUACUGAAAAACAUUAGUGGCAGUGUUACUCUGAAAAUUCUUCCUAGCUAUAGAGACACUAUUAUUCCCCAACAGGUAUUUGUGAAGUGUCAUUUUGAUUAUAAUCCAUACAAUGACAACCUGAUCCCUUGCAAAGAAGCAGGCUUGAAAUUUUCUAAAGGAGAAAUUCUUCAGAUUGUAAAUCGGGAAGACUCAAAUUGGUGGCAGGCUAGCCAUGUGAAAGAAGGAGGAAGUGCUGGACUUAUUCCUAGCCAGUUCCUGGAAGAGAAGAGGAAGGCAUUUGUUAGGAGGGACUGGGAUAAUUCGGGGCCCUUUUGUGGAACUAUAGGUAGCAAAAAAAAGAAAAAGAUGAUGUAUCUCACAACCAGAAAUGCAGAAUUUGAUCGUCAUGAAAUCCAGAUAUAUGAGGAAGUAGCCAAAAUGCCUCCUUUUCAGAGGAAGACAUUAGUCUUAAUAGGAGCCCAGGGAGUAGGUCGAAGAAGCUUGAAAAAUAGAUUUAUUGUAUUGAAUCCCACUAGGUUUGGAACUACAGUGCCAUUUACUUCGCGAAAGCCAAGGGAUGAUGAAAAAGAUGGACAAGCCUACAGAUUUGUGUCGCGAGCUGAAAUGGAGGCAGAUAUUAAAGCUGGCAGAUAUUUAGAACAUGGAGAGUAUGAAGGAAACCUUUAUGGAACCAAAAUUGAUUCCAUCCUUGAGGUGGUUCAGACUGGAAGGACGUGCAUCUUGGAUGUGAACCCACAGGCCUUGAAAGUAUUGAGGACUUCAGAGUUUAUGCCCUAUGUGGUGUUUAUUGCUGCUCCAGAGUUAGAGACUUUGCGUGCUAUGCACAAGGCUGUGGUGGAUGCUGGCAUUACAACCAAACUUCUAACGGACACCGAUUUGAAAAAAACAGUUGAUGAAAGUGCCCGGAUUCAGAGAGCAUACAACCACUAUUUUGAUCUCAUCAUUGUAAAUGACAAUCUAGAUAAAGCCUUUGAGAAGCUACAGACUGCUAUAGAGAAACUGAGGUUGGAGCCACAGUGGGUCCCAAUUAGUUGGGUAUACUGACAGAUUUCUGAAGACGGGCUUAACUAAUAAAUGAAAUUAGGUGAAACUAAAAUUCUCAGAAGACAUUCUGUAGAGAUGGAAGAUACCUGCAGCACCCUGGCAUUUUUACUCUGUGUAUAGUUAGAUGAUAGUACACUCUUCUGGGUUUUUAUAUAACAUAUUGAAGGAAAAGUGUACUUAAAUAUGUAAUUUAUUUUAAUUUUUCUAACUUUUUACAGAUAACCUUUCUAUUCAUAUCACACAAAGGAAAUGCGUUGAAGCAUUUUUAUAUGUUUUAAUUUAGUACCUUUGCCUUUUUCGUGUAAAACUUUCAAGUCAUUCGCUUUAACAUUUACAUUUUGGUCUUACAUUUUCACUGUGAUAAGGAAAGAUACUUGAAACAAUUUUUGUAGAACUCUUAUUCAAGUUAGUGUUCAUCUGCUCAAAUAUCAAUUGUUCUUAUUAGGAGAAAACACUAAUUCUUUUCUUAAUAGCCAUCUUUAAAUGAUUUUUUUAUGGAAGCAGAAUUUUAAAUAUUAAAGCAGCAAUCAGCACUGUUUUGCUACGUUGAUCUCAUCUUUCUGCUCAGUGUUUAUACACUUUUGCAGUUUCAUGAUUUCUUGUCUGUUUUGAUUGACAGAUGUACUGUAGACUUCCCCUAUGUGUACCUUUAAAAAAAAAAACAAUAAUGUAAACAAAUCUUGCACUCUACUUAUUCUUGGGAGCCAUUACAGUUGAGGUACUGAUGUCAGAAAGGUUGUAUGUAAUGUAAUCCAUUGUAGUUAGGAUCAUGGUGAAGUAGCCUAAGAGCCUUAUAUUGCAGAGCCUUACAGUGAGGCUUAGUGUAUAAGACUAUUUAUUCCUGUUUCUGAAAACACAUUGCUAAAGUAGCCUGCUUUUUUUAUUGAAACAUUGUUUGGUAUUUGUGUAUUAAUCUGUGAAUUCAGUUCCUGUGAUAUUUAGCUGGCUCUUAUUUUAAAUUUUGGAAUAUUGUGAUUAGCUGUUGUGUUUUUUGAAAUGUGAUGUAAUGAGAUUUUUGUGCUAUUUGUUAUGUUGUGUUUAAACUGCACUCUUCAUUGAAUAGCUUGUGAAAUUGGAAAGUUAUUGUCAGAUGCUAAAAAUCAGUGUUAUUUAUAUUUUGUUUUAUAACAUGAUUUUUGUGUUUAGUGAAACUUAUUCUCCAUUCAGUAGAUUUACUGGCAUAAUUCCUAUUAUUAUUGCCGAGCUCAUAUUAAUUCAUAUGUUCAAGACACUUACUAGUAUAAAUUCUCCUUAAUGAAUAUAAAAUGCAAAUGCAAAUUGUCACUAGGACAACUAUCCGUGUGACCAUAUUUUAUAGUAUGCUAAUUAUUGUAUAUAGUAACAUUUCUUCAUCAAUUACCAGAUUUAUGAAACUAAAUUACAGUAAUCUAUCCACUUACUAUAUUUUCUAUCUGGUGACAGGCACCUGUCUUCUGAAUGUUUCUCCAUGCCAAAGCAUAUGAUGCAGAGUGCCAGCAAAAGCAAGAGUUCUGCUGAAUUAUUUCUGAUGGAAAAACCCUAAAGAGUAGAUACACUAUAAAAAUAAUAAUGUGCCCUUGGGCUUUGAAUAGGUUAUUGAUUAUGUAUGCAAGAAAACAGGGUUCAGAUGGUUUCUUUGUUUAAAGUAAUUACAUAAAACUAUGAGUCUCAAAGGAUAUAUUAUAGAAGAUUUUAAAAAACUCUGAUAUUUUUAGAUUCCAAUAUAUUUUGUAAAUAUUAUUCAAAAUCUUGCAUAGCCUUGGUCGUCUUCUGUGACUCUUGGUAUUGAGAUUUCAGUCUUUUAAAAGUGAGUCUGAAACUUUUAAGGAGAACUUGUAUCACAACUUUGGUUUUAUUCCAUUAAAUUUUACAAACUAUAUUUGGGUUUUAGGGCUGUCAGUUAAUUGCAGCUAACAUGUGAUUAAUGUAAAAAAAAAAAUUAAAAUGAUCACAAUUGCAUUUUUAAUUGCACUGUUAAGCAAUAGAAUAUCAAUUUGAGUUUAUUUAUUUUGGAUUGUUUUUUACAAAAUAGAAUACAAAGUACAUACUGCUUACUUUGUAUUUUUAUUACAAAUAUUUGCACAAUAAAUAUAAAUAAGUCUUUUUCAAUUCACUUUAUACAAGUACUUCACUGAGAUCUCUUUUGUUACUACAUAACUGCACUCAAAAAUAAAUCAUAAGAUUUUAGCGCCUACAGGUUCGCUCAGUCUGUCGUCUUAUUCAGCCAAUCAUUAAGACAAAUAUGUUUGUUUACAUUUACAGGAGAUAAUGUUUCCUGCUUCGUAUUUACAAUGUCACUGAAAAUCAGAACAGGUGCUCACAUGACACUGUUGUAGUCGGCAUUGCUAGUUAUUUCUGUAUGAGAUGCUACAUAUUCAUGUCCCUUCAUGCUUCAGCCACUGUUCCAGAAAACAUACUUCCAUGCCAAAGAUGCUCAUUAAAAAAGAAUGCAUUAAUUAAAUUUGUUACUGAACUACUUGAGGGAGGAUUAUGUCUUCUGUUCUGUUUUACCUGCUUUCAGCCAUAUAUAUCAUAUUAUGGCAAUCUUGGAUGAUGACCCAGUACAUGUUGUUCGAUUUUAAGAACACUUUCAAUUCAGAUUUGAGAAAAUGCAAAUGUGAGGUUUCUAAAGAUAGCUACAGCACUCAACCAAAGGUUUAAGAAUCUGAAGUGUCUUCCAAAAUCUAAGGGAAGCAUAUUUUCAGAAAUCUUAAGAGCAACACUCAGAUGCAGGAACUACAGAACCCAAACCACCAAAAAAGAAAAUCAACCUUUUGUUCGUGGCAGCUGACUCAGAUGAAAUGAACAUGCAUCAGUCCACAUUGCUUUGGAUCAUUUUUUAGCAGAACCUGUCAUUAUGAAAACACAUCCUCUGAAAUGAUAGUGGUUGAAACAUGAAGGGACAUACAAAUUUUUAGCACAUCUGGCACAUAAAUAUGUUCUGAUGCUGGCUACAACAGUGCCAUGCAAAUGCUUAUUCUCGCUUUCAGGUGACAUUGCAAGUAAUGAGAGGGCGACAUUAUCGAAUGCAAAUGCAAACAAAUGUUUGUCCAAGCAAUUGACUGAACAAGAAAUUGGACUAAGUGGACUUUUGGGCUCCAAGGAUUUCCAUUGUUUUAUUUUUGAGUGUAUUUAUUUUUUGUACGUAAUUCUACAUUUAUAAAUUCAGCCUUCACUUUAAGGAGAUUAACUGAAAACAAGUACUGUAGUGCAAUCUAAAACUAUAUUAUUUUGUUUCUUUUUACAAUGCAAAUAUUUGUAAUUAAUGUUACUACAAAGUAAGCACUGUAUAUUUUGUAUUUUAUGUGGUAAUUGAAAUCAAUACCAAUGAUUUAAAAUGCAGAAAAUUUAAAAAUUCAGAAAAUCCAAAAUAUGCAAAUAAAUUGUAUUCUGUUGUUUAACAGGGCAAUUAAUCAUGAUUCAUUUUUUAAAUUUCUUGACAGCCCUAAUAGUUUUUUCUUUUUUAAAGUUUAGUAUGUCUCAUAAGAUGUGGCACCAGCACGAUAUUUUUCUGUUUGGUACUCUUAGAAGACAGGGCUUCUACUGCUCUGAUGGGACUUUGAGGAAUAGGUUUAUUAUUAUUCUUAGUGCCAACAAAUAUCAGAGCCUUUGCUUGAAUAUUUUAAAGAUUCAAUCUUGGUAAUAUAGCUAUGAUUCAUCUAUCAGUGUCUUUGUUGUACACUAUGUAAUAAGAGAUAAACAGGUGCUAUAUGUAGGAAAUAUUAUCUAGACAGAGACUAUGCCUUUUGUUAUGAGUUAGAAAUGACUAACUCCUGAACUGUGAUGCCAAAAGUGGGUAGAGCUAGCUAGCUCCUCCUUGAUGAGUGACAUUAGAAGAUUUUACCUUCCACACUGUAGUGCCGUGUAUUGCAAAUUUAACUUUCUCUGUAGUUUUGUCAGAGCUUAUUUCAUCAAAUGGAAAUGUAAGCAUCAAGGUCAAGUCUGAAAACUAUGUACUACUUCCAGUAUCUUCAUGGAAGUAUGUCUGUGGUGUCUAGCCAGUCCGGGGUAGUGUGUUUUGUGCUAGAGCCUUGGCCCUCCUGUGUUCAAUAGAGUGCAAAAUGUGAAACUGAUCAUGCUAGAGCUUAUCAUAUGUGCCAUCAGGCCUGCUGUAUUGUUUUGAAAGUAGAAGCAGCUGGGGAGUAUGACUCUGGGACAGACUCACAGGAAGGAUUGUCUGCCAGUAUGUAUGUAAGAAACUGGUGUAUCAAACCUAUAUAGGGAUUAUCUGGAUCUCUGUAAUUAAGGUGGUAAACAAAAUAAAUACCUUUUUGAAAAUUAUACUAAAAUAAAUUUAGCAAAAUAUGCUUUCCUUGUUGAAAAGGAUCAAGUUGGCUAUAUAACCACACCUGCUCUGAGUUUAACACAAUUGUUCAGAAACAUUGGAACUUUAAACUAUAAAGUACAGGUUUUCUGUUCUGACAGCAAUGAGAAUUUUGAGUUCAAAGAACCUUUUUAGAGUGGUUAAGCCAUUCACCAUCAGAUUUCAGAAUGAAGAUGCUAUUUCCACCAUAACUAGGGUCAGGGCUUGACAAACCCCAGCAAGAGCUACUCGCCAGGCCCGCACCACGCAUGCGCCAGACUGGGACUGCACAUGCACACAGCGCCCGCCGGUGAAUGGGGCGCACGGAGCGACCAGCUGAAAUCUAUUUGCCAGGGGGCAAGUAGAUUCAGUGGUUUGUCGAGCCUUGACUAUGGUGAUAGCUUUGUCAUAAUACAUAUUGGUAGGAAGAGUAGUAAACCAGAAUAGCGAUUCUCAAACUUUCUCAUCUAUUAUGCCCUUUUUUGGGGGUCUGAUUUGUCUUGGCUAUCCCAAGUUUCACCUCACUUUAAAACUACUUCUUUACAAAAUCAGACCUAAAAAUACAAAAGUCUCAUAGCACACUAAUACUGAAAAAUUGCUUAUUCUCAUUUUUACCAUAAAUUUAUCAAAUAAAUAAUUUGAUUGUACUUACCCUUUUGUAUGAUACUUGAGCCGUGUCAUUCUGGGAGGCAGUAAAACGACAGCAACAAUUACAUUUUUCUCCACAUUUAGUGUAUUUCUACUCUGUUUUGAUGGCAGUCAGAGCGGAAAAUGAGACUUCACAAAAAUGUUGACCAAAAAAGUAAUAGAACAUUCAAAGCAUGGUUCCCAAGGUCACUGAUGCUUUCUGUACUCAUAACAAAGUGGGGUUAGUAUGGAGUCUUAAACUUCAUUUGCAGACCAUAGUUUUAGGAUGACUCAAAGAUAUUUUUGUUGACUGGCAGAGAAGUUACUGCUGCUAACAUCUGACCAAGUGAAUAUGUUUCUUAUCUGGUCAAAUUGAGCUAAAUUGUUUUGAAUGUUGGGGCAAUAUGAUUAACUCAGAUAUCAAGUGGGCCAAAUGACCAACUAUUAUCUUUAAUUUUGCUCUGCUCCGUUUUCCCUGUGCAGACAUCUGACAUGCAUGAAGCACUGUAAAACAGGUAUAAAGUCUUCUGACUUCACAUCUGUACUUCCACAAUUCCAGUUUUCUCAAUGAAACAAUUUGAUUUGCCAUAGGAGAUUUUGAAUGUUUGUGCCAUGGCCUUGCAUUGACAAAAUUUAGGUCAUUCAGCUUGCUAAGUAUAUCUGAAAGGUAGGCUAGUGGAGCUUAACCGCACAGUAUUGUCAAAGUUUCAACUAUUUCAACUAUGCAAUGCUUCAUAUGCUGUCACUCAUGGCAAAAUCAAGGAAACUACACUAUUGCAGAAUAUCUGAGGUAUGGCUAGACUCUGGGUGUUUUUGGGGGAUACCACAGGUAUCCCAAAACUCCGCUGCGUCCAGGGAAUGUGUUUGCUCGUCCGCUUUUUUUUUUGCGGAAGAGCAAAUAUGCUCUUCUAGAAGCCUCUGUAUUCCUCGUUCUACAAGGAAGAAGGGGGCUUUCGAAAGAGGGUUUUUCCAGCAUUUGGCCCAGCCUAGAUGGGCCAAAUGUCAGAAAAGCCUCUUCCGACAAAAGAAUCGGAAAAAGGUUCGCAAAAUGCAGAGUGCAUUUUGCGUACCUUUUUUCCGACAAAAACUUGUAGUCUAACCGUACCCGGAUUCUGCCUGCCACUGUGAAGUUUGCAGAAAACAUAUUUGGCUUUUUAAAAAAGCAACUUAAACAUUCAGGAAAGUACCCUUAUCAAAUGACACUGUCAUAAAAUUGAUGGGAUGAUCAUAAGAAAUGUGAAUUUGUAUGUAUUCAGACAGUCUGUCAAGUACUUUCCCUCAUGAAAACCAGUGAAUCUCUGUGAAGCAACAGUUUCUAAUGUUCUGACCCCCAUCUCUUUGCAUACAAUGGGAAACAGACCAGCUUUGAGGGGAGUGGACUUGAUAAAGUUGACAAAUUUGGUACUCAUUUAAAACAUCAAGUAGCUAAGAACUCAUCUUUUUUUGAAGCAAGUACCUCUCUGUAUGAUAGUGUUUCCACUGCGAGGAAGGAUUUUCUUUUCUGAUUCUAGCUACAAGUCUUCACUCUUUCUCUCAUUGCAAAGGCCCCAGCAGUGCAAACUGUGUGAAGGAAUUCUAACUCAGAAAUCAGCUGAGCUUCUUAACUUGAAUCCAUGGACUCAUUAAGCUGAGGGGCAAAUGUCAAGAAACUUAAAAUGGCAAUAACAAGUUCAGAGACAAUUUCCUCAGUCAUUUCUUCAACUGUGUCACAGCGUCAUUUUAUAAGGGUACUUUCUGCUUUUUUUAUGAAGAAUGUUUUCUGCAAGUACCACUGGGACAGGCAAAAUCAGAGCUUUUGUAACAGAGUACAGCUUCUUUGAUCUUGCUACAAGAAGAGAAACUGCAUGCUUCACAUGCUUUUGUAGAAAUAAUUGCAGUUUUUUUCAUUUUAAGUUGGCAAGUCUUGUACUCUGAAACCUUUCUUUAAAAGAAAUCUACCAGUUUAUUCACAUGUAGAGUAUCUUGGCUUCAAGCGAUGUUGCAAAUAUGUACCUUUGCUCUACAAAGGAAACACAAAGCUUGAGAUGGAUCAAUAUUUGUAGAUGUGAAUCCAAAAGCACUGUAUUCCUUGCAUAACUGACUUUUUUUGUCACUUUCAAAUUCUUACAAUUUUCAGUCACCACUACCACCACUUGUAGCAGCUUCUUUUAAAAAUCUGUCAAUUUUUACAUCAGAAUAACAUGCACAUGAUUUUAAUGUCAUAAAUGUGGUUGCAUCAGUAAAUGACACAAAAGUAUGUUUAAUACAGUGUGUAUAUGCACAUUAUUUUUAUGUAGUAUAAACAAGUAAUUGUAUGAAAUUUUAGUUUAUUUUGACUUUGCUAGUGUGUUUUAAGUAGCCUAUUGUAAAACUAGCAAAUGUCUAGAUGAGUUGAUGAACCCACUGAAAAAACUGUUCAUACCCUGAAGACUACAUGUACUCCUGGUUGAGAACCUAUGGGCCAGUCUAAGCUAGAUAAUAUACAAGUAAUGAAAAGAUGUUGUAAAUGCAUUAAGCUUGAACAAAUGACAAUAUUUCUCAUAACAUAUUUUAUGUUGUUGUUGAUGGUAUUUUGGGAGUUCAACAUUACAACACAUCCAGAAAUCAAUUUUGUGUUUGGUUCACUAUCUGAAUAUUAAACACUUGCUCACUUUUUCCUGGAUACUGAAAAGUAAAAUAGCUAAAAUUUGUUUAUCUGACCUUGACACAAAAUGGGUAUGCAUGAGUGAGGUACGACUAUUGUUAAAUUUGUAAGGUAAGUGAAUCUAUAUGUUUACUUUUAUCUUCAGUGAUAUCAAAUAAGUGAGAACAUUCGUGUGUGCAUGCGUGGAUAGUAAAACAGCAAAUGUUUGUGUAACUUCCAUUUAUAAUAUGUAGCUUAUAAGGCACCAUAAUUUUGUAUGUUUAUGCAUAGACUUAAAGAGAAAAUAUUGGGUCAUCCAUUUUGCUAGAAUGCAAUCAGAAUGCCAUGAAUCAAAUAAUUUAUGGCUGGAUGGGGGGAAAAAAUGCUUUAUUUUAAAAGAUCAAAAAGAAAAAAUUGGAUUUUUAAUUUAAACUAAAUAUAGGUUUAUUUUUAAAAUAUCAAUUUUAAAUGUGAAAUAGACCUUAGCAUAAGUUUUCAGGCUUAUUAUCUAUUAAUUUAAAUUACUUACAAAAAAUAUAAGCAGUCUGUUUGCUGCCAGCUUUUUAAAAAAAAUCAAACCACUGAACAGGUGGUAAUCUCACUGGCUAAGCACCUGGAAACCAAGUCUAAGGGCUAAUACAGCACUUUAGAUAGCAAUAACCUCUUCUGUGGGUGCAGAGAAUGUUUUUUCUUAAUUUCAAAUUUAUUCAACACGUUCAGUUCAGUUACUAGUUCAUUCUUAAUUAAGAAACCAGUUGGGAGCUGAAAAAGCAGGAAAGCUUUUUUGCUCUUCCAGCCUAUGAAUUAAUACUAGAUGUCAGGAUGAGAUCUACUAGUUCUAAAAUCUUGAAGAACAAAGUGACAAACUAUCAGUUCAAUUCCAAUUUUAAAUACAAACAUAUAUUUAUAAUGGAUGAGUGAGAGAGCACAUUUAAAGUAGUUUUAGUUAGUUUAAAAAAACCUCUGGUUUGUGCAUCUUUAUUUUACUUCUGACUUAUUUUAAGAUGUAUUUGGAUGAAUAUUCUAAUUCAAUUAAUCUAGUAAAUAAAAAAUUGCCACUUUCUAAGAUUCUGAAUAAAUGUAUUUUAAGCUAUAUAAUUGCUUAAAUAUGUAUAGAUAUACUAUAUCCUCUUAGUUAGUAAACCAAACAUAAAUAGUGUAAAAGAUAUCUUUAGUUGCAAAUCAGCAUGUUUUAAUGGUUACCAUACAUUAAAAAUCAACCUUUCUUUCUGGGAAAAUAAAUAAGAAAUAUUUAAAUAAAGGUUUCUUCGUGGCUGAUUUAAAUUACUUUGAAAUAAAUCAAUCUACCCUGUUUGAUAGAUGGACUAAUUUAAGAAUACACCAAACUAAUAUUUAAUGAAAAUACUUAGGCUGCAUAACUGAUUAAAUCAUAAUACCUCUGUUCUAUAAAAGUUGUUGUUGAUACAUUUGGAAAUUUAAAAUGAGACACACCAGAGUCUGUUUAAGUUUCAGUGUGUUUAUCAAGUUAUAUUAUGAAGGGCUUUUAAAAUGUUCACUAAACAUAAAAUAAAAGAAUGUGAAAUUAGAGCAGUAUUAUAAAUUGAUGCAGGCAAGGAAACUUGGCCUUAUGGGCACCACAGUAUGAUUAUUUUUUCCUUUGUGCAGCAUUCUUAAUCAGAAUUACUUUAUUUGCAUUGAGUUGCUUAUAGAUACUGUCAAGACUUGUGUAGGUUCAAAGUUUGACCUACUUCUUUUUCCUGCUCCCUGCACGUUAUCCUAAUUGUCUUUUAAAAUCAAACUUCAAUGCUUUUAUUUUACAAAUUGCCUGCUGCUCAGCACUUGAGAACUGGCUGUCCUCAGGCCCGCCGAAAGGGAGAGGAUGGAAAAAGGGGCAAUUGCCCCAGACCCUGGCAAUUUUGCAAGAGCCCAGGACUCCUGCUGCUGCUACUGUGGCAGUGACCAGAGCCCUGGGCCCUUUAAAUCACUGCCAGAGCCCCUGGGUGCAGACUUCAGGCAAAACUAAGGCUACCUGCAGGGGAAGGGGGAAUGCAGUAUGGUUUAGGUGGCUCUGAGGGCUGACUGCCCUGAGCCCUGCCCUUUACGCCUCAGGUCCUGACCCUUCUAGGAGAGCAGAGCCGGGUGCCCCUCACCUUAUCCAGGGGCUUGCCAAUUCUGUUGUCUCCUGGUUGUCCUAAGUUUCCAAGAUGGUGAUGCAAAUUCCAUAAUUUUUAUGUUCUUUCUUUAGCUAGAGCAAACACAAAGUGGUCUGCUGGCUAGGGCACUAGAGUAGAAAUCAUGAGACCUUUGUUGUUUUCCCAGCUCUGCCCUUGAUCUGCUUUAUUAUCUUGUUCUCUUUGUCUGUUUCCUCUCCACACUUCGUCUUGUUUAUUUAGGUUUUAGAAACAAGAGUGUUUCUCCUGUGUCUACAUAAUGCCUACUGCAGUACCACCACCUGCCCAGGUUGUGCCUGUAGGCACUAUUGUAAUAUAGACAUGAGGCUAGAUUCUAAAAUUAGUAUGGUGCACAGGGAGUUUUGCCUGAAAAAUGCACCAGUUUGAGAAACCCAGUGGGGAGCAUAUAUGUUCAAAGGCAGGCUUAUGCAUUUGUAUUUAGAAAAGUGUGCCAUUCAUUAAAUUGUGGAGAGUUUAUUUAAGCAUAAUAUAUAUUGCCAAAUUCAGUGUAAAAAAUGUCCGGUCCUACUUGUUUUGAAAAGGACUGGUGUGUUGAGAGAUCAGGUGUGUGUAUAUAUA